AUGGAGGAAGAAAGAUUCAGUUUAGAUACAAUACAAUCAAGUACAUCUCAAGUACUUCAAGAAUGUCUUGAUAUUUUUCAAAGUCCAAUUCAUCAACAAUAUAUUCAUAGUCCAAUUAAUAAUAGCCAAAGUUAUAAUAAUCAUCCCGAUAUUCAAUAUUUUCAAAAAGUAAAACAUAAAAACCAUUUCACUUAUCAUAAAUCAAAAUCAUCACAUUCAUCUCCACAUUUAAGAACUGGAUCAACCGGAAAUAUAGAUAAAAUUCAAUCCUCUAAUAGAAUAUCCCCAGCUAUAUUUGAUCCAUAUAAUCUAGAUGCAUUAUUAAAUAGACUACAUACUUUUAAUGUCUUAAGUUGGCAAAUACCAGAUAUACCAAACACUCCACAUCAAUUAAAUGAAUUGAAAUGUGCCAGAAAUGGUUGGAAAUGUGUUUCAUUAUCUCCAAAUGAAACAACCAAGAAUCAUUUAAUGUGUACCAAUUGUAAUCAACAACUCAUCUUAAACUUCUUUGAACAUCAUCAAUAUCCCCAGCAUCAUAUAUAUCAUCCUACAACAACAUUCAACUAUGAAUUCCUAACCGAUGACGUCAAUAUCGAAGACACAACCAAUCUACAUCAAAAACUAAUCCAAAAAUACAUCAUCCAAAUCGAAUCCACCGGACACGCUCCAGAUUGUUCUUGGAAAAAUUUCGAAACUCCAUUAGAUGGAGUCUAUUAUCCUCGUCAUUAUCUUCCACAAACAAACGAAUUCCUUAUCUCACAAUAUCUCAAAAAUCUCAAAAGUCUAACCGACAAUUCCACCCUCCUACAACAAUUCGCCGAUGACGCCCUAGAUCAGACAUAUUUAUCCCAUAGCAUUAAUCAACCACCAUCAGACCCAAGACUCAUAUCUAUAUCCAAUGAAUGGCUAAUCGCACGCUAUUUCAAGCAAGAUAAAGAAAACUCGGCCCUAUUGCUACAAUACACCCCAGCAUGGAUAUAUGAAAUGGCAAUAUAUGGCUGGACCCUCUAUGCUCAACGAUAUGCUCAAGAUGUGAUCUUGUUAUUGGCUUGUAAUAUGUGUAAUUCGAGGGUUUUUUUGAAUACUGUUCCCAAAGAGCAUGUGGGGAAUUUACCACCAAGUACGAAAAUCUUACCGCUGGUGAAAUAUCCGAUAACCCAGAUGACUCAGGUUGAUGAAUCGGAGUUUGAUAGUGAGGAACUGAUCCUGCUGCUGGUGGUGGUGGGAGAGACUGGGGUUGGGUGUGAGAAGAAGUUUAAUCCGAUAGAUAAACAUGAACAUAAAUGUUGGUGUCCAUAUCGAUAUGAUGAAAGUUUGGUUGAUUAUAUAUGGUGUAUGAUAUUACAAUCAGGUUCGAAUAUUGGUUUGAAUGGGGAAUUUAUAAAUCAUGAUAAAAUGAUUAUUGAAAAUAUUUCUUCAAGAAUGAUGAAUAAUAAUAAUAAUGGGACUGGUAUGAAAAGAAAGAAGAGCUUUAGUGUAAAUGAUGGUUUGGAAAGAUUACAGAAAUUACGUAAAUUAUAUUUAAUAGAUGAUUAG